AUGGCCAACUCUUUCCCGCGCCUGAUGUCGGGCCGCAACACCGCCGCCCUGCUGGCCACCCUGGGAGCCGGCACCGUGGCGACCGGCCUCCUGCUGAGCGACGGCGGCUCUCUGGCGGCGGAGGCCAGGAAGAAGCUCUACCCGGCCAGCUCCGACUUCCCCGACCUGCGCAAACACAACAACUGCAUGGCGACGGCGCUCACGCCCGCCAUUUACGCCAGACUGCGGGACAAGCUCACCCCCAACAACUGGACCCUGGACCAGUGCAUCCAGACGGGCGUGGACAACCCCGGGCACCCGUUCAUCAAGACCGUGGGCUGCGUGGCGGGCGACGAGGAGAGCUAUGAGGUGUUCGCGGAUCUCUUCGACCCGGUCAUCAAGGACCGCCACAACGGCUACGACCCCAGAACCAUGAUCCACCCCACGGACCUGGACGCCUCCAAGCUGACCGACGGCGUGUUGGACGAGAAGUACGUGCUGUCGUCCCGCGUUCGCACGGGCCGCAGCAUCCGCGGCCUCAGCCUGCCACCCGCCUGCAGCCGUGCGGAGCGCCGCGAGGUGGAGCGCGUGGCCGUGACGGCGCUGGCCGGCCUCAAGGGGGACCUGGCGGGCCGCUACUACAGCCUGGGAGAGAUGAGCGAGAGCGAGCAGCAGCAGCUCAUCGACGACCACUUCCUGUUCGACAAGCCCGUGUCUCCGUUGCUCACCUCGGCCUUCAUGGCCCGAGACUGGCCUGACGCCAGGGGCAUCUGGCACAACAACGAGAAGACCUUCCUGAUCUGGAUCAACGAGGAGGACCACACCAGGGUCAUCUCCAUGGAGAAGGGCGGCAACAUGAAGAGGGUCUUUGAGAGAUUCUGCAGAGGGCUCAAGCAGGUGGAGUGCCUGAUCCGAGAGAGGGGCUGGGAGUUCAUGUGGAACCAGCACCUGGGCUACAUCCUCACGUGCCCGUCCAACCUGGGCACCGGCCUCAGGGCGGGCGUGCACGUGCGCCUCCCCAAACUCAGCAAGGAUCCUCGCUUCUCCAAGAUCUUGGACAACUUGCGCCUGCAGAAGAGGGGCACGGGCGGCGUGGACACGGCCGCCACCGGCGACACUUUCGACAUCUCCAACAACGACCGUCUGGGCAAGUCCGAGGUGGAGCUGGUGCAGCUGGUGGUGGACGGCGUCAACUUCCUGAUCGAAUGCGAGAAGAAGCUGGAGAAGGGCCAGGACAUCAAGGUCCCGCCCCCCAUCGCCACGUUUCGCAAAUAGAACCGUUUUGACGCUUCUACCUCAAAACAAGCAUCAGUAAAAGUACGGCAACGCCAUGCUUCCGCUUCCGCUUCCUGUUUCCUGUUUGCUUUCUGACAGCGGACACAACUUUUUGCGUGAGCGUGAGAACAUGACCUGCAUGCAUGCGCAACUCACUUCCUGGGCCUUGA